AUGAACAGAGUCUGUGGCAAGUGUAAAAGUACCGAAUUCGUGCGUGAUCAUGCCAAUGCCAACAACGAUUUGGUCUGCGUGGGCUGUGGUGUUGUUUUUGAAGAUAAUCCCAUUGUUUCCGAAGUUACAUUUGGUGAAUCUGCUGCAGGUGCUGCUGUUGUCCAUGGUUCAUUCGUUCGUGCUGAUCAAGCUGCUAGUACUGGACGAGGCGCACUCGCAUCACGUGAGACCACACUUCUUCAUGCCCGUCGUCGUAUACGAGCUGUCGCACAUGCAUUAGCUAUCCCCGAGCAUGUUACUGAUGCUGCUUUCCAAUGGUAUAAACUUGCUCUAGCACACGGUUUUGUACGUGGUCGCCGUGCACAAAACGUCGUUGCUGCCUGUUUAUAUGUCGCUUGUCGUAAGGAAAGAACACCACAUAUGCUGGUGGACUUUUCUGCAAGACUACAAGUAAGCGUAUAUGCUGUAGGUGCUACUUUUCUACAGCUGGUUCGUAAAUUGCAUGUCCAAGACUUACCACUUGCAGACCCCUCUAUCUUUAUCCAACAUUUUACUGAGCGGCUAGCAUUGGGUAGCCGCCAAGUCCGUGUUGCACGUGAUGCUGUACGGCUGGCACAACGUAUGGCACGUGAUGGUAUGCAAGACGGUCGUCGACCAGCAGGUGUUGCAGGAGCAUGUGUGCUGCUUGCAUGUAGAAUGAAUAACUUACGUCGUACACAUGCUGAAAUUGCGGCUGUAUCACAUGUGGCAGAGGAGACACUUCAACAACGUUUGGGUGAAUUCCGUGCCACAGGUGCUGCAAAGAUGUCUGUGGCAGGGUUUCGUGCAUCAACAUCUGAUACAAGAGAGGAUUCCGACACAGACGAGCCAGGCUCUGCAUCACACAAUGCUAUUCAAUCAGAUCCUGCACCACCUGACGCCCUUCCUCCUUCCUUUAGUCGUAAUCGUGCCCGUGAACGUCACACGCGUGUUAAACUACAGCAACUGGAGCGUGAUGAAACCAGUGAUGAUGCACUUUUACGCCAUCCAAUUUUAGCUCAGAUUCUUGGAGAUCAAGCAGUCUCUGGGGAUGAAAUCCUCUCGUACGUUCGUACAUUAUCUGCACGUAGACGUGAAGAUAGGGCACGUGUCCGUGCUACUCAUGGUAUCGAUGAUGCUGAUGUCAUGAAAGACGAUGAGAUUGGCGAGAAGGAGGGAACUUCAGAAAGUGAUGAAUCACAAGGUCGUGCGCCACGUGAUGGGAACGAUCCUUACCGCCCAAGAAAUUUGCAUUUGCUCCCAACUACAGCAUCUUUAUUAGAAAAAAUUUCUGAUGAUCCAGAAGAUUUAGGUGAUGUAGAUGACGAAGAAUUGGAUUCACAGUUAUUAGAUGAAGAGUCUAGUGCUGCAAAAGAAAGAGUUUGGCUCCAUUUGAAUGCAGACUAUUUAUUAGAACAAGAAAAUAAAAGAUUGAAGCAAGAAGCUGAUGAAGCUGCUGGUAAUACAGCUCAUGUUAGAAAGAAGAGAACUAGACAAGUCGCGAAGAUAGAACCACAUGAUGGAUUACAGAUAGAGCCAGAUACGGCAGCUGAUAGUGUGAAGAGUAUGUUGCAAAAGGCUAGUUUUUCUAAAAAGAUAAAUUAUGAUGCUAUUGAUGGGUUGUUCAAAUGA